UUGUUUUUUGAUUUCGUGUUGGAGCGGGUGUGUGUUUGCGCGUUUGCUUUUUUGUUUUUCUAUAAAAGUUGCUGUAUUGUAUACAAACACAAACACAAACAGACGAUCGCCCCCACAUAGAAAACAUCAAAAUUUUAAGUGAAAAAUAAAUUUUUAGCAGUUCCAAGUGAGAAAGAAAUUCAGCAUGUUUAAUUUGGCCACUUUCAGGCGAUCUCUAAGCCUUGUGGCGGCGGCAAAGCGAAAUCAAGAAAAAACGCAAAUUAUCAGUUAUCAAAAGUUCAAGAUCCACUUGAGAAGCAGAAGCAGCAGCAGCAAAGUGAUGCUAGAUCAAAAUUCGUCAUCACCAAAUCAAACCAAAGUACACUCAAUAGCGGGUCCGUUACGUCCCGAUUCCCAUUCCAAUCCUUUACUUGCAGCAGCAGCUGAUGACAAUACAAGUGCAACUGGUGUUAACACCACCGAUGCCUGCAACAAUACCAAAGGCGGUGGCGGCAAUGGCAUCAACCUGAGCACCUCCAAUAGCGUUAUCACGAAUGAUCUGUUGGGCAAAUGGCGAAAGAACUUCUAUCAGGAACCGAAAAAUAUAUUAGCCCAAAAUGUUUGCUCCCGUGUCGAUCCGUUUGAUGUUUGCCUGUCACGCAAAACCCUGGAGACAACGAAUCAUGUGUUCAACUACAAAGUGGAAACGGAAGGGAAACCGGUGACGAAUCAACGUAGCUCUGGUCGCUGUUGGCUAUUUGCGGCAUUAAAUUGCAUACGAUUGCCGUUCAUGAAGAAUUACAAUUUGGAUGAAUUCGAAUUCUCGCAGGCGUUCCUCUUCUAUUGGGAUAAAAUUGAACGUUGUAAUUAUUUUCUAAAUAACAUUGUGAAAACGGCGCAACGUGGCGAGAAGGUCGAUGGUCGUUUGGUAUCAUUUCUAUUGCUCGAUCCCACAUCAGAUGGCGGUCAAUGGGAUAUGCUUGUCAAUUUGAUAGCCAAACAUGGUCUGAUGCCAAAGAAAUGUUUCCCGGAGAGCUUUAGCUGUGAGUCCAGCAUACGAAUGAAUGCCAUAUUGAAGAGUAAGCUUCGGGAAUAUGCGCGCCACCUGCGUGUCCUAAUGGAAAAGAAUCCAACCGAUGAGGAAAUCACCAAUAAGAUACAAGAGCAAAUGUCGGAAAUUUAUAAAGUUGUUGGCAUUUGUCUGGGCAUACCGUCUGAAACCUUCACCUGGGAAUAUUAUGACAAAAGCAAGAACUAUCAAUCAAUUGGGCCAGUUAGCUCGCUGGAAUUCUAUGAACGUUAUGUGAAACCGCAUUUCAAUGUGGAGGAUAAAGUGUGCCUCGUCACUGAUCCCCGUCCGACAAGUAAAUACGAUCAGGCCUACACUGUGGACUGUCUGGGCAAUGUGGUUGGCGGUCGUCCAGUGCUUUAUAAUAAUCAAUCGGUUGACUUACUUUUGGCCAUGGUGACGAAAUCCCUAAAGGCCGGCGAGGCCGUUUGGUUUGGCUGUGAGGUUAGCAAACGUUUUGCCUCUAAGCAGGGCAUCGAAGAUAUGGAUGUACAUGAUUUUAAGCUGGUCUUUGAUAUUGAUAUACAAACAACAUUCUCCAAGGCAGAUCGUCUCAUCUAUGGUGAAUCAGCAAUGACGCAUGCCAUGGUCUUUACAGCUGUCUCCGUUGAUAAAAACGGCAUUGCCCAGAAAUUGCGUGUGGAAAACUCCUGGGGUGAGGAUCGCGGCGAGAAGGGAUAUUUGGUUAUGUGCGCCGAUUGGUUUAGAGAGUUUGGCUUUGAGGUUGUGGUCGAUAAGAAAUAUGUACCGGAGGAUGUUUUGCGUGUCUUUGAUAUGGAUCCCAUUGUGUUGCCUGCCUGGGAUCCCAUGGGUACUUUGGCCCAAUAAACCAUAUAAGAAAAUGGGAAAAGCUUUACGAUAAAACAACACCAGCAGCAACACAACAAUAACCCGCUAAGCAUGCAAACAACAUUACAACAAAACAAAAAACAAAAAAAAAAAAGAAAAGAAAGUGUAAUGAAAAACGAAAAGAACGUAGUUUAAUUUUUGUUUUGCUUAAUUUUUUCCCCCUUUCUGUCACCUUCUGUUUUCUUCCCCCCCACCCUCAUUCUAUUUUAUACUUUUUUUUUUUUUGCGUUCUACAAUCUUUUAGUUAUUCUUUUUAUAUAAUAUUCUUCCAACGGCGGCACGGCGGAAGUUGAGCAAUAAGGAUUAUCCAAUUAUCACUCCCACUCUCCCCCCAACACCCUCCAUUUUUUUAAAAUGUAAAUGCAUUUUUUUUACGUAUACACAUUACAAAAUAUUAACGAAAUAAAUAUACAUACUAUUUGAAUACAAAA